AUGCGGCUGAGGCGAAAUGCGACUGCUUCCUCCUCUUCCUUUGCAAUGUGGAACGAGAUAAUCGAGCUCUUUCGUUCGGGCAUGCCCUUACGGAAGCAUCGUUGCCGCUUCAAAAGCUACGAGCGCUGUUUCAAAGCCUCUGAGGCGGUGGACUGGCUACACGAGCUGCUUGGCUGUAAUCAGAACUUUGGCCCCGAAGUAACUCGCAGUCAAACGGUUAAGCUGCUUAAAAAAUUCCUGAAAAAUCAUGUUAUUGAAGACAUUAAGGGAAGAUGGGGCAAAGAGGACUUUCAAGAUGAUGGUCACUUAUAUAGGUUUCCUCCUUCUUCACCACUGAAGCCAUAUCCAAAGAGACCUUCAUGUACAAAGGAAGUAAUUAAAUUUCCAGACUGGAACGAACCUAAGAGUGGUGCUUCCCAAGAGCAUAUCCUGGUAAAAUCAGUCACAAUGAACUCUGAAAUGUGGUAUAAACGUCACAGUAUAGCUAUAGGAGAAGUGCCGGUGUGCAAGCUUAUGUACCACAGAGAGCUAGCACAGGCAAAUAUAGAAGAGAUCUGGAAAUCCAUGACGUUGUCACGCUUACAAAAGACUUUAGGUUUGGAUUCUCUGGAUGAAGUGCUAGACACAAAGCUUGUGAAUGCUAAGCAUAUUGUUCAAAAUGUAUACAAUGUUAAUAAGCAAGGCAUUGUCAUUUUAGAAGAUAAAUCAAAGGAAUUACCUCACUGGAUCUUGUCAGCAAUGAAAUGUCUAGCAAAUUGGCCCAGCUGCUCAGAUUUGAAACAGCCUACAUAUUCAGGAUUUGAAAGAGAUGUCUUCAAAACCAUAGCAGACUACUUUAGCCAGAUGAAAGAGCCUCUUCUCACAUUUCAUCUUUUUGAUAUUUUUGUCAGCGUGUUAGGUCUGCUGCAAAAGCAUAGCAAGGUCAUAGAAGCCCUUCAGAUUUCCUGUCUCCUGCUGCCUCCUGAAAACCGGAAAAAACUGCAGCUACUGGUGAGGAUGAUGGCAAGAAUUAGCUUUAACAAGGACUUGCCCCCUCUUUCUGAAUCGGUGACGACCAAAACCUUGAUGGUUCAGGCAUUUUCUCGUUGUAUUCUCUGCUCAAAGGACGAAAUGGACUUGGAUGAACUGCUUGCUGCUAAACUAGUAUCUUUUCUCAUGGACAAUUAUCAAGAAAUCCUAAACAUUCCUUCCUCCUUAAAAGCUUCUGUGGAGGAGCACGUUGCACAUCUCCAAAGAGUUCAAAUAAAAUAUUCUGGAGCUGAUGCUGAUGCAACUUUUCCUGCUCCAUCAUUUUGUCACCAAAUCAGCACAGAUGAAUUUGAAUCCCAAAGAGCAAAUGGCUUUCAAGAACCACUGGCAGCUUUAUUGGAAGAAAUUGCAAUGAAUAAAGAAAUAUCUGUCAAAGACAAGAAGAAGAAACUUAAACAAUUUCAGAAAGCUUACCCUGAAGUGUAUAGAGUACGAUUUCCUACUCCUGAAGCUGAAGCAGUCCUAUUUCCAGAAAAAAAUAAGCAGAAGACACCAGUACUGAUGUGGGCCUUAAAAAAGCCGUUCCAACCGUUUCACAGAACCAGAAGCUUUCGGAUGUAGAUGGUGUGCACUUCAUCGGCAAACA